UUUAAGAAUAAUAAAGAUCGAAAUUUUAAAAACCAGUGCCUGAGGAUUUAUCGACUGCCUUGAAUCCGUCUAUGCACCUAAAAGACAGCGUCCUCUUUCCAUUCCCUUCUCCAUUCCCCGCCAAAAGACGUUUCUCUGCUUCUUGUUCGACCAACAACGUUUGUUUUGGUUUAGUCAUUUAUAGAGGAGGCUAGGCCUCUUCAUGUUUGAUAGUACACCUAUAGCUUUCCAAUCUAUACUCUCUGAUUACAGCCCAUGGCUUCCGUGAGAUUGGGCUUAUUCAGCCGAGUCCCGUAUAGUUAAAAGUUGACUAUUUCUUCAGUCUUGGUCAAAUUAUUACAAUCCAUCCCUUUUAUUUAUUUAUGUGCUACUAAAUAUUAUAUUUUCCGAGUAAUUUCCCCGUACCUUCUUCUUUCUUUGCCGCCUUCAAACUGAAAAGGAAUCAAGACACUUUUUUGAGUAAUUAUUGGCUUCAUGCACGCGCGGGUUAAUGUUCCUGUGGGCGUUGAUUGGAGAAAUUGUUGUAUAUAAAGAGUGAAGAGCAGUUAGGGCUCGUUUUAUGCCGUCCAUAUGGGUAUUGGAGCUUCCACCCCCAAGACUUCUUCUGGCGAAUUGAAGAAAAAUAUUGCUAAAAAAUCUGGUCUGGAAACUGAUAAACAAAGGGUCUCGAUUAGACGGAAAGAGAAAGACAAGUCAAAGGUUGAGGAAACAGGGACUGCCAAAGAGAAGGCUGAAGAGACCAAAGCUAGCAAAGAAAAUAAAGUUGAAUUCGUGAGGGAAACUGAAGAAAGAUCAAAGGCUUUUGUUGCAAUUGCUGGAGUCAGAAAAGCAGUUGACAAGCUUUCUGAAAGAGUGGCUGCAUUAGAAAAGGCUGUGAACAGUGGGACAAAAGUUUCUGAUGAGGAGUUUGAUGUAUCGGCAGAGUUACUCAUGAGAGAGCUGCUGAAAUUGGAUGGGAUUGAGGCUGAAGGAGAAGCUAAGCUACAGCGGAAGGCUGAGGUGUGUCGUGUCCAAAACUUCCACGAGACACUGGACAAAUUGAAGACAACAAAUUCCAAAUUGUCUUAACAAUAGUGGCAAAGCUACCAUUUGACCCUGGAAUGAGAAGCUUGACUGUCCCUCGCCUAUGUCAUCUUUGACAAAUCCGUAGCAGAUGGAAGCAGUUUGAUUAGUUAAUAUUUGCCCAAUUCUUUAUCCUAUAAAAUUUAUCUGUUUAACGUAACACAUGUAUCGCUCCCUUGUUAUGAUUCAUUAGUGCCUUGUUAAUGAAUUGUUCCUUUGCUUGAGCUGUACCAUUAUCAGAGUAUAUUGGAGAUGAUCUUAAGUAAAUAGAAUUUAUUGUUGUUGAAAUAUAA